UAAUUUUCAAAUUAUAUCGAUUAAAAUCGAUAUGGGAACACAAUCGAUAUAUUAAAGCGGCAUCUUUUUUUUGUUGCCUUUCAUAACCUCCAAAUUUUUUCAUAAAAAAAAAAUAUAUAUAUAACGAUAUGGAGGAACAAAUUUAUUUAUAUAAUUCGACAAUUUGUCGAUUAUGUGCAACAAAUAGUGAAAAUGGAGAAUCACUAUUUACUGAAGAUUUGGAGAAACCGGAUAUAAGUACAAUGGUUAAUCGUUAUUUACCACUAAAGAUUCAAAAUGAUGGCAAAUUGCCGCAAACAAUUUGUCCCGGUUGCAAUAUACAAUUGGAAUCGACAAUUCAAUUUUUCGAUUUAGUCGCGGAGGGACAGAAAAAAAUUCGCGAACUUUGGAAACAACAAAUUGAACAUGAACGAAAGGCAAAACGUGAAUUGGAACGUUCAAGGCGUGAUGAUAUUGAAUUAAUUGCAACUAAAGAAAUUCAACAAUCGGAAAUAAUGGAAAAUUCGGAAAAUAUCGAUAAUGAAAUUAUUAAAAGUGUCGUUAUUCCAACGAUUGAAAUUCAAGAAGAGAAUAAAGAUGAUAAUGAAAAUGAAGAUGAUAAUGAUGAUGAUAAUAAUGCUAAUAAUGAUCUUAAUCAACAAAUCUACAUUAACAUUAUGCCCGAUGGUUCAAUGUACGCAUCCGAUCAUGAGGUGCGACUUCAAAUGGAAGGAUUGGAGAAGCCAAGAAGAAAACGAGGACGACCGCCAAAAAUUGAGAUCAAGACAGAAAAUUUGGGAGAAAUUCCAGAAGAGAUGAGUCAAGGUGAAGAGGAAAAACAAGAUGAGGAUAUGGAAGAAGAGGACGAUGGUAGUGGAAGACGUCGACGUAAAAGAAAAAUUCCCGAAAGAUUCAAAGAAGCAGUUCAGGGCAAGGAACUUGAUCGAAUAUUCAAAGAAGAAGGCGUUUUUGACGAAGGUGAUUUUGAUCAAGAAGAUGAUUAUUUCGAUGAAUUUGAUGAAUUCAAAGCAAUAACAACGCCCGAUGGCAAUGAAAUAAUUGGCCAUUUAGAAACAGAGGAGGGUAAAGAUUUAGGUGAAUUAGUUGUUAUUAAUCGAAAUCGUGGACGAGGACGACCAAAGCGUAAAAAAAAUAAAUACUAUUGCAAUAUUUGUGGAAAAGGAUUUCAAAAUAUUAACAAAUAUGCAACACACAAAUCUUUGCACAAGAAUAUAAAAUACAAAUGCUUGGAAUGUGAACGACAAUUUUCAAAUGAGGAUAAUUUUCGUUUACAUCAAAAGACAACGUCGCAUGUUGGACGCGAGGUUCUUGAAAUUGUCAAUGAAGUAAUUAAACCAGCGGAUAUUGUAACAAGUAAUGAUUCAUCAAGUAUUGUUACAUCUAAAGAAGAGGAAAAUCGAUUAGAAAUUAAUUCUUCUAAUAAAAUAAAUAUCGAUAAUAAUGAAUUAUUAACAAAUGAAGAAGAAUUGCCAACGAAAGAAAUUUCAUUAAAUGAAAUUCCAAUGGAAAAAUCGUCAUCAUCACAAGUAGAGGAGGAGAAGGAGGAGGAGGUAGAAAAACGUGAUGUCACAUGUUCACAAUGUUCCCAUGUCGAUGAGGGUGAAGAUCGAGAAACAAAUUUAAAAACUGAUCAAAAUGAUCAAAACGAAAAACAAUCAUCGAAUGGUAAAAAUGAAAAAGGAUUUCCUUGUGAUAUUUGUGGUAAGGUAUUAAAUCAUCCAAGUUCAAUUUUAUAUCAUCGCGAGGCGGAGCAUAAUAAUGGAAGACGAUUUGUAUGCAAUAAAUGUGGAAAAAGUUUUAAGCAUAAACAAUUAUUGCAAAGACAUCAACUUGUACAUUCUGAGGAACGUCCAUAUCUUUGUAAACAUUGUAAUGCAAGUUUCAAAACAAAGGCAAAUCUUCUCAAUCAUCAAUCAACUCAUACUGGUGAGAAAAAAUAUUUUUGCGAUAUUUGCGGACAACAAUUUGCGCACAAAACAAGUCUCACUCUACAUCACAGAUGGCAUUCAGGUGAUAAACCAUAUACAUGUGAUGUUUGUAAAAAGAGUUUUUCACAAAAUGGAAAUUUACAAGAACACAUGCGCAUUCAUACAGGUGAAAAGCCAUAUUGUUGUGAUUAUUGUGGUCGUAAAUUUACGACAUCGUCACAAUUUAAAUUACACGUGAAACGACAUACUGGCGAUCGUCCAUGGAAAUGUGAAUUUUGUGAAAAAAGCUUUUUACAUAAAGACACAUGGAAAUGUCAUGUACGUCGACACAAAGGUGAACGUCCAUUUCAAUGUGCAGAUUGUAAUCGUGCAUUCACUGAGCAAUGGGCAUUAAAAAAACAUCUUCGUCUACACACUGGAGAGAAACCAUAUUCUUGUGAAAUAUGCGGAAAGGCUUUCGCCGACUGUUCAAAUCUCACCAAACACAAAAAAGUUCAUAAGGAAAAUAAUAAAGUUGAAGGAAAUGAAAUAUCAGAUGGUACGGCUAUUGGCGAAGUUUGGGAAAUUUUACCAAAUCCCCAGGAAGUUAAUGAUAAUUCAAUUCAAGGACGUAUCGCUGAAGUUAUCACAUCGGAUAAUUUAUCCGGUGAAGAGGUGCCACAAAUUUUUUAUGUCUCCUAUCAAGAACCAAAUAUUGCUCCACAAUCGAGAAUGUUACACAUUGUCGAUUCUGGAAUGGUGGAACUUAAAGGAGAAUUAUCGACAGUUGGUGGUCAAACAUUGCGUGCAAUUCAUAUACAAAAUGAUGAAAUUGUGAAUGAAGAAGCUCUACUUCAAAAGUCAGAUUUAGAGGAAAAAAUUGAUGAAGACAUUGCGGAAUCUGAUUUACAAGUUCAGAUAACAGACGACGAAGGAAAUUUAAUUCCCCUCUCAUUACAAGAUGCACGACAAUUAUUAUCCGAGGGUCAAAUAAUUAGUCAAAUGAGCGAUGGACAAAUUGUUAAAGUACAUUCGGGAAUUGGACCACAACAUUUUUUUGCUCAGCUAGGUGUUAAUGUUAAUCAGGAAGUAAAUUCAAAUCCAACAAUUAUAGUUAAAAAUAAAAAAACAUCGUCUAAUUCACGAAAUUCAGACAAGACAAUCGAGAAAAAUUCAUCUAAAGUUUAAAAAAAAAAAGAAAAAAAAACGAUGUUAUUUAAUUUAUUCAAGAAAAAAAAAAUGGUAGCAUAAUAUGUAUUACGUUUAUUAAUAUUUAUAUUAUAAUUAUGAAUGUAAAAUACUUUUUUUUUUCCUUUAAAAAAUAUACAAUUUGUUUAGAAUUCUUUUUAAGAAA